AUGGCUAACUUGAAGAAGCUAUUAGCUAUGUUUUCUCUCGGCAGCAGCGCGAAUGUUACUACAGAGACCAAACAUCUUCGCGGCAGGUGCUACAUCAGUGGCUUCCUGCAUGGCAAAUCCGGCGACUGCAACAGGGAUCAUGGCUCGGUCUGCUGUAAAGACGGUCACCGCUACCCGCAAUUCAGGUGCUCGCCCCCGGUGUCGGCCGACACGCCGGCGAUCCUAAAUCUGAACAGCUUCGCACAAGGUGGAGACGGCGGCGCCAAAUCGUUCUGCGACAACCGCUUCCACAAGGACACCGAGCUGGUGGUGGCGCUAUCCACCGGGUGGUUGCGCCUGGACGGCAAGCGCAGGUGCAACAAGAUGAUCUGCAUCAAUGGGAACGGGCGUGCCGUGCUGGCCAAGGUCGUCGACGAGUGCGAAUCGGUGUACGGCUGCGACGCCGAGCACAACUUCGAGCCACCGUGCCCAUACAAUGACGUAGACGCGUCACCGGCCGUGUGGAAGGCGCUGGGGCUCAACGAGGAGAUUGGAGUGUUCAAGAUCACUUCGUAUGAUUUUAGGGAUGGCAAUGGGUACCCAUUACCCGCGUACCCUGUGGGUAAAAACCCUAUUAGGCUUCGCGUCCAUGGUGUCUCCGUGUCCGCGGGCAGCAGCGCGAACGUUACUACAGAGACCAAACAUCUUCGCGGCAGGUGCCACAUCAAUGGCUUCCUACAUGGAAAAUCCGGUGGCUGCAACAGGGAUCACGGCUCGGUCUGCUGUAAAGACGGUCUCCGCUACCCGCAAUUCAGGUGCUCGCCCCUGGUGUCGGCUGACACGCCGGCGAUCCUAAAUCUGAACAGCUUCGCACGAGGUGGAGCCGGCGGCGGCAAAUCGUUCUGCGAUAACCGCUUCCACAAGGACAUCGAGCUGGUGGUGGCGCUGUCCAUAGGGUGGUUGCGCCUGGACGGCAAGUGCAGGUUCAACAAGAUGAUCCGCAUCAAUGGGAACGGGCGUGCCGUGCUGGCCAAGGUCGUCGACGAGUGCGACUCAGUGUACGGCUGCGACGCUGAGCACAACUUCGAGUCAUUGUGCCCAUACAAUGAUGUAGACGCGUUACCGGCCGUGUGGAAGGCGCUGGGGCUCAAGGAGGAGAUUGGAGUGUUCAAGAUCACUUGGUAUGAUGUGUGA